ACCCGCUUCCCAGCUGCUGCAUCCUCCACUGCCUAGGUGCCUGUUCUCACUGCAUGAUGUCCUGCUACGACCUGUGCCUGCCUGCCUCCUGCAGCCCCAGGCCACUGGCCACCAGCUGCAACGAGCCCUGCUACCGACGCUGCUGGGACUCCACCACCGUCAUCCAGCCCCCUACCGUGGUGGUGACCUUGCCUGGGCCCAUCCUCAGCUCCUACCCGCAGAGCACGACAGUGGGGUCCACAGCAUCGGCAGCAGUUGGGAGCUACCUCCGGUGCUGUGGGGUGCCAGUGGCCUCUGGUGGCACACGGGGGCUGGGGAAAGGGGCAUUGCUGUGCCUCGGGGGUGGGCUGUAGGGUGUCGCCAUCAGCCACCUCAUCCCACUGAGGCCAGCAAGGAAGGAAAAGCAAAGCACAGGAACAAGACUGGGGAAGAGGACUGAGGAAGUGCCCGCGUGUUUCCAAGCCAUAGGGGGCACCUGCAACUCUCCCAGCAGGAAGGGAUCCAUGGGCACUUUUCAUUCAAGAUUGCGCCUCUGUAUACCUUUCUCUAGCUAUGCCUUACUGUUGUAUGCUUCCAUGUAAGUGUCACACCCUGUGGUGUUACACAGCAUUUACUACUAGCUUAUAGCUGGCUGCAGGCAGAAGAUGGUUGCCAAGAGCUGCAGACGCAGCAGGGGCAGAGGAACACCUUGUAGGGGUCGUUUUGUCCUUAAAUAGUGUUUGUCCGUUCCUUUAGUGAGCAUUAGAAAUGCACUUCUCAUACUCUCAACUGGUUUAUUGUUUCUUUUUCUCAUUAAAGACAUGCUACAUCAUA